AUGACUGAUAUCAAUUCAUCAAUAUCUUCCAAAAAUGAAGAGAACCCUAAAAAUCUAGUUCAAACUCAAGAACAAGAAGAAGAAAACUACCUUCCAGAAUUCACACCAGAGGAACUUCAAAGACUAAACAAAAUUUAUUGGAAAUUAGACCUAAGAAUAAUCCCAGCAUUAUGGUUAUUAUAUUUCCUAACAUCAUUUGGUUCAUCAGCUUAUGGUAACACCCUAACAAUGAAUUCAGAAUCUCAUCAUUCCCUUUCUCAAACUUUGAAACUAACAACUCAUGACACUUCAACAGCAUCAGCAUUAUAUUAUGUUGGUUAUAUCAUAUUUGAUGUCCCUAUGAAUAUGAUCAUGACAAGAUUAGCACCACAAGCUUGGUUAUCACGUAUUGUAUUCACCGUUGGUCUUGUGUAUGCAUGUUAUGCCUCUUUAUCAAAUUCAGGUGGUAUUAUUGCAGUUAGAUUCAUCAGUGGGAUUGCAGGAGCUGGAACAUGGCCUGGUUUAAGUUAUUAUGUUAGUUUAUGGUAUCCACCUCAUAGAAUCACAAGAAGAAUAGGAUAUUAUUUCACUGCUGCUCAAUUAAGUGCUGCUGCUGCCGGGCUUGUUGCUGCUGGAUUCCAAAAGAUGGAUAUGAUUCAUGGAUUGGAAGGUUGGAGAUGGUUAUUCUUGGUUUAUGGGGUUAUUACGAUUUUUGUUAGUUUGUUAUUAUUAGUUUGGUUACCUGAUAAUGAUUUAUCUAGAUAUGAAGCAACUUCCAAGUUUGGUAUCAUCAACAGAUUGAAAAAAUUGAAUGUUUUCCCAUUGACACCUGAAGAACAUGAAUUACAUCAGAGAGAAAUGUCUCAUUAUAACAAAAAGAUCAAUUGGGGGUUGAAAGAUGUUUGGAAUAUUUUCAAAGAUAUAAAUGUUUGGCCAUUAAUAAUGAUGUAUUUUGGUGUCGUAGGGACUGGUUUUGGUCUAGCAGUUUUUGGUACAACAUUAAUUAAAGCAGUGUUAGGUGUUAGUUCUAUAAAUGUUAGUUUAUUAUAUGCACCAAUUUGGUUAUUUGAUUUAGGUGCAAUCUUGUUAAUAACUCCAUUUUCUGAUAUUUUUAAAAAAUUUAAACCAUUGAUUUUUUCAUUGGCAACUUUAAUAAUUAUAAUUGGUCUUGUGGUUUGUAAUUAUGCACAGGGGAAAUGGUCAAGAUAUGGUGGAUUAUUAAUUUCAGGUUUUGGUUUAGGUCCUACAGUGCCAACAUGUAUGUCAAUGACUUCAGAAAUAUUUGGUUCAAAAUAUGGUGAUAUUGGUAUUGCUGUUUCAAGUGCCUUAGUUAGUGGGUUAGGUAAUUUGGGCUCUGUAAUGGCAACUUAUGCCCUGUAUAGUGGAUGGCCUGAAGAUAAGGCAAGAACUUUUGAAUAUUCAAAUAUGAUGCUUGUUGUUAUAUUGGGUGUUUCUAUAAUUUCAGCAGGAAUUUCUACAAUUUUAACAAGAAGAAAUAAACAAAUAUAG